AACAUUCCAGGAGAUGUUUAAGGAAAGCGGGUAUAAAGUUUACAAACAUCGUGAAUUGGUGGUUGAAGAAAUUGCAAAAACUGAACAACAAAAAAAAGAAAAAAGUUUGAAACUUGCCAUGAAUGAACUAAAUGAGAGGGUACGAGACAAAUAUUGGCAUACUGUUUCGAGUGGAAAUAUUAAGAGGACAGAG